UCUCUUUUCAGGAAGUACCGUGCCUUCCGUACCGUACGUGGGAGAGAGCCCGCAGCGGUACUUUCUUCGCGCGGGACAACAUUUCCAACUUCCUGAGGUUCUGCAGACGACUCGGGGUGCACGAUAACCUCCUUUUCGAAACGGAGGAUUUGGCGCCAGUUUCGGUGGAAAGAAAAGUGUGCCAUAGCGGAGCCCGUGGCGUUGUCCUGUGUCUGCUGGAGGUGGGUCGCCUGGCGCAAGGAUGGUGGGGCCUCGAACCACCGGGAAUCGUCAAGUUGGAGCGAGAGAUGGACGGAGAAGAGUGGUCUGGCAGGUCUGACAGUGGGUAUUCCAACACCUCCUCACCACGUGGCUCGACCCUGACCCUGCACCCUGCAGCGCCUAGCCCUCCUGCAGCAGAUUCCAAGCUUCCUAGACCACUGUCAGCACCUGGCCACCUCCAGCUAGUUCCUCGCCUCGUGCUGCCCAACCAGUCCACGCACACCCAGACCGAGUCCCCUCCCUCAUCCAGCCAGUCCAGGAUACCCAAAGCCAGCAGCAGCAGUGCCCCUCGUUCUGUCAAACCCACCCCGCCUCCUAAGCCAGCCUCGAUCAGAAGAGCCGUGUCUAACUUGGCCAGGCGGCCCACUACCAUACCUAAGAAGGCUAGGUCAGUAGGUGAAAGAGGAUGGUCAGGUGCCAAAACAACCCCAACAACACCAGUCACAACCCCUACCCAUUCUGCUAAGCCUCGCCUGCCAUCUGCACGAACACCUAGGUCUUCAGGACGUUCUACUCCUAAUACCACUCCAACAACACCGACACACUGUCGCCGUUAUAUGACCUCCUUACAGCGCACUCCUGCUACGCCUUCGAAGCCGUCUCGUCCAACGUCUCGCCCUUCCUCAAAGCCUCCUUCGCGGUCCCCCUCCAUUUGUAGUCGCCUCCAGGAGUGCUAUAACACCGUCCAACCAGAUAGUGUAACAGAGGCUCUUAGGACAGACCUCGACAACAAGGUUUUUGACAUUGCUAACCAAACUCGAGGCUUUUGUGGGUGCAAAGACACUGAGUGUACGAAAUCUCAUGUCAAGAGAGUGUCUGAUGGCAAGUACGAAAUCUGCGGCAGGAACGUUUUUGUUAGGAAAAAUUCCUCGCUGCGCAGGAAGCACAUAAAGAAAGGUCAACGUAACAAACCCACAUCAGAGAAGCCCCAGACUCCUAAUAUAGCUGAUAAGCAAAACUGCUCUGCAAAGAAGGUCCUUGUCAUCCAACAGCCCAAGGGUACUCCUCCUAAGGACAUACACUCCCCUAGGAUCUGUGAUAAAUGCUAUGCAACUGAUGACAAAUCCAUUGUGAAACGUCCUCGUCACCACAACCCAGCAGCUAGCAAAAUCAUUUCACCAUUCGAGAUCAAAAGCAAGACGAAGUUAGUGUUGAGACAUCAGCUUCCUCAUCCCAGUACAUGGGACUUCAAGUCCACCAGAAAGAAAUAUACAAGCAACAGCUCCGCACUGAGGCAUCAACUAAACACCUCGACUCUGAGAAAAGUCCACUUCCCUUCUGCCUCGGAUAAGCAUCGCCCUCCUGCAACUUCACCUGCGAUGGUCAACACUGCUCUUGAACCAUAUUUGCUAAAGGGGAAACAUGUGAUGGUCAGAGUUGGAGGUGGUUGGGACACACUUGAGCAUUACCUGCUUCGACAUGAUCCAAAACAGGUGACAGUGUUUAAUCUAAAGUCAGCCGACCCAUUCCUACACAUCCGUGCCAAGUAUUGUUCGCCUACACAUUCCAGAGCCUCUUCUAGCAGAGGCUCCCCUACACAUUCCCAGGCCACACCCAGCAGGGGGACAGCCUCAGGGGACCCCACACCAGGGAACACAUCAUCAGAGGGAACCCCACCACCCCCACAAGUGCCACCCUCGUUACCUGCCGAGUCUUCCAUGCCUGCUGAAGAGAGCUGCAGAUUCAGUGCAGAGGAUUCUGAUGGCAUGGCAGAGGGAUCGGUGCCAGCCACAGAAGAUUCUGCCGCCACAGCAGAGCAAUCAAAGCCAACUGCAGAAUGUUCCUUGUCAGCAAUGCAAAGUUCAUUUUCAAAAGUCAAUGGAGAAGAUCCAGAGGAACAUCAUGUCAAUGGGAUGAUGGAGUCACAGAGUAGAGAACUCCAAGGUGGAGAUUUAUCAACAGACUGGACAGAAGAAUCAUGCUCCCCAACACCUAUGAGAUCAAUGGUGAACUCUUCCACCUUUUGCAUUGAAGAUAAAAAUGUUGCUGACCCCAUCCCAACAAUAUCUCUUGCAUCACAUUCAAAGUCAAUGUCAACAUCAUCCACAUCAUCUACUUCAUCCUCCUCAGACUCGUCCUGCUCUCUAAAAGUUACACCUCCACCGACUCCCUCCACAUUCUCAACACCCGCAUGUGCAACAUCAAAUGAGUUGUCUGUUACCCCAGAUGGCAGUAGUACGACGAUUGGGACACCUUUACCACCUGAUUUUAUAGAGCAAGAUGAACUGUAGUGAAAGUUGAAUCUUUGAACUAAUCAUAUGGUUCAAUGUUGAUUUUACAGUAGAUUGUUUACACAAAGAUAGAUCAAUUUUGAUGUAUAUCUUCAAUGAUUUACUGAUUUUUUGAGGCUUUUACCUCAGGUGUUGUCGGGAUGCUUUUUAUUUAAACAAAAAAGAUAAUGUAAAGCAAACUGUACAGAUCCAAUGGUCUUCAUAUACCAAAGAUUUAAACAAAACUGUAAAUUGCCUUGUUGUAGCAGAGUUACAAUUACAUAUUUCUGUGAAUAUUUCCAUGUUCAUAUAUAAAGGUUUCAUCUGGCUAUACUGUUUGUGCCAGAUAUGUGAUAAAUAAGUUUAUAAAUACUUGAAAAUAAGUAUAUGGACUUAUAAACUUGCAUUGAAAAAAAUACAAGGAAAGUAUAAGCAACAGGGUGCUAUGCUCUAUAUACUUAAAAACCUUGUUGGUUGUAAAAUAUGAAAAAUUCAGUAAGAUUACAGUUAUGUUGUAUUUAAUGUUUAGUUUCUUCCAUUAUUCCUGUUGUGCAAUAUCAUUAAUUUCUAAA